AUGUCCAAGAAAAAUGUGUACAAAUGGUACAGUGAUUUCAAGAAUGGCUGUGAGAAGGUCGAAGACGAGGGCCGUCCGGGGAGACCAUCCACCUCGACCGACGUCUCUCACGUCGUCCAAAUCAAGGAAUUGGUGGUCAACAUUCGUCGGUUGACGAUACGAGACCUUUCAGAAAGUGUUGAGAUUUCCAAACCCUCGGUCAACACCAUCCUGAAAGAUGUGUUGGGGUUGAAGCGGGAGAAGUCUCGCCUGGUGCCUUCAUUUCCUGGGGUGCCUGAAGGAGUUUUCGCAACAACUGGCAGCCAUAUUGUUCCGCAGCCACCGUAUUCGCCAAAUUUGGAACCAGCCGACUUCUGGCUGUUCAACAAUGGGAGAGGAGGUGGAAGAGGUGCAUUUUUCGGGCACAGUAGUAAGCUAUCAAAAAAUCUAACAUUCAUACCAGUAUGA